UCUUUCCGCUCAAACACCUCCAAUUUAGGCCCCAUUCGCGUACACCAUAGACCGUCCUCCCACCAAAACCCCAAAUCCAUUUUCUCCUGAUCAAACAGGCAAACAGGGGCGCGCCUUCCAGACGCCGCGGCAUUAAAAAAGAAAAAAAAAUUCUCACCGCGCCAUCGGCAUCCCCUGUCGCAUCGAAUCCGUUUCGUUUCUUGUUUUCUUUUGCCUUCUUUUUCCCUGGCGAUUUAUGCCAUCACAUCUGGCGCUGCUGUCGUACCUGCUGGUGCUGCUCCUCUCGCUCGACAAGUUCCUCCUCCACUACCUCAAGAAGCGCCUCUUCUCCGGCCCAAGGAUCCCGACCGGCACCCCCAAAUCGCGGCGGCCCAUGGCGGCGGCCGCAGCCAAGUGGAGCGAGACGGCCAUGCUCGUCAUCGACAUGCAGAAGGACUACGUGGACCCGGGGAUGCGCAGCCCCAUGCUGGUGGCCGGCGGCGAGGCCGUCGUCCCCGCCGUCGCCGAGGCCGUGGCCGUCGCGAGGGAGCGCGGCAUCUUCCUCGUCUGGGUCGUCAGAGAGCAUGACCCUUCUGGAAGGGAUGUUGAACUUUUCCGCAGGCACCACUAUUCUCGGGGGAAGGGUCCAACCGUGAAAGGUUUGAAAGGUGCAGAGCUGGCUGAUGGGCUUGUUAUCAAGGAGGGGGAGUAUAAGUUGGUGAAGACAAGGUUCAGUGCUUUCUUUGCGACACACCUUGAUUCUGUCCUCAAAACUGCUGGAAUAAAGAACUUGGUUAUUGUUGGAGUUCAAACACCAAAUUGCAUCCGGCAGACUGUCUUUGAUGCUGUAGCACUGGACUACGAGAAAGUAACAGUUCUUAUUGAUGCAACAGCUGCUGCAAGGCCAGAAAUCCAUUUGUCAAAUAUCAGGGACAUGAAGAACAUCGGAGUGGAGACACCGACCCUGGAAGAAUGGCGCCGCUAGGUCUCACUUCAUUCUCUCUCGGCAACCAAGGGGCAUCCCCUACCCCUUGUGUCCAAAAUGCAACACAAUUGUUGGUUUUCGACUUCGUUUAUGUCUGACUCUGUAGUUCUAGUGUUACUCUGUCAGAGUGUCAGGUAAGAACAAUGCCAGGUGCUGCCAUGUAUGUAGACUUCUAAUCCCUAUGUAAAGAUAGAGCUUAUCACACAAUGUGGUCGAUGGCCACUUAAUCUGCGUAAAACAGAGGUGAUGGAACAGGGAGUCUGUUAGUCCCAUGGGAGGUUUCAGAACGUGACACCCAAUCUCUGUUAGUCCCCAUGGGAGGUUUCAGAACGCAACGAAAUUACAAGAGUACUCAGCACGACAGUCACACUCACCCUCAUGCAACCUGCAGCUGGUCUGUCAGCACCCGGGGGUAACAGCGCAGGGCAGCAGAACCCCAAGCUAAUCCCAGAGCCUUCUACGGGUAAAGAGAGUUAUUACAACCACAUCAGGAUACUUUUUCGAAAGGAAAUAACAGGAAACUAUCUGGUUCUCCAUCACAUCGAGAUGGGAAAGCUGGUGUCAUCAAAAUUCCUCGCUUCUCAAGGGUCCUCCUCGUCAUCAUUGUUGUGUAAAUCUCAUAUGAUGUUAACCAUUGCCAAAUCACUUUUGUAGAUC